AUAUGCAUAUAUGGUACAUUUUAGUUUAUCAAGAAUUUUUCUUUGAUUCUUAACUUUUGUUUUAAUCCAUAUAUGAAUUUUUUUUCAUUAUUAAUAUGUUUUUUUUAAUGCAGGCACAUGGAUGAUCCAUCAGCUCCUUCACCAAGCAACAAUGUUACUCAACCUACCAAAAAGAGGGGUAGACGUGGCACACGAAUGAAACAGUUGUGUCUACGUGAGAAUGGUGUAAAAAUACCAAUUGAUUUUGAUCCAAGGACCAAAAUACCUUUAGGGGAAAACAGAAAAAAGUUCAAGAGUCAUGUGGGUUCCAUUGCUCGAAACAAAGUUAGCAUUUUGGAGGAAUAUUGGGAUAAUGUAAAUUCAAAAGUGAAAGAUCAAAUUUGGGAUGAUAUCAUGGAACAAUGGGAAAUCCGUGAUACUGAUAUUGGAGUAUUGAAAAGCAAAUGGAUUUCCUAUGCGGGUGAGCGUUGGAGGGCAUUUAAAACAGCCCUAACAAGGAGAUAUUUAAAUGACGGGGAAUUAAGUGACACAUCUCCACUUGAAAAGUAUCCUUUUCUUGAUGAGGAAAUAUGGCAGAAGUUUAUUAAGAUGCGAGAGGAUCCUUCCUUUCUGGAGAAAAGAAAGAGGGGGAAAAUUGUCCAGGCUUGUAACAAAUACCCACACAUCAUGUCUCGUGGGGGAUAUGAGUUGAUUGAAGAAAAGAUGAUGCAAGAGAAAAUUAAACAAAGACAAGAGUCAGCUGGAGAUUCCCUACCUACACCUCCAUCUCCACCAAAACGCCAUGAGAAAUGGAUAAGAGGCCGAACAAAACCAUCGGGAGAGUACACAUCAAAAGAAACACAACUUGUUGCCGAUAAAAUUGAUUCUCUAGUUCAAAAAGCAACUGAAGGAAGCUUUGUUCCUCAAGGACGUCAAGAUAUCUUAACAGAAGCAAUUGGGCGACCUGAACACCCUGGACGUGUUCGUGGUGUUGGUCGAGGUGUGGGAAUCCGACAAUAUUUUGGUCCACGUCCUCAUGAUGUUGCCUCUACCUCACAUGUUUUAAAUAGUACACAAAUAGAGGCCAUAAAAUUAAAGCUUACAGAGGAGAUUCGAGAACAAGUGAUGCGGGACAUAUCGUCAAUGUCGGCUUUCUCUCAACAAUAUCCAAAUUUCCCGGUUUGUUCUCCUAAUACUACCAAACGUGCAAGCACGAAUGGUAGUUGUUCAACAAUGCCACAUAUACAAGAGGAUGAGGAGGAUAUCCCUGAAGAGUAUGAAUUAUAUGUUGAUAAGAAACAUCAUGUAGUGGCAUAUGCAAAUGUCUAUAAUUUAGGACCCACCAUACAUAAUCAAUUGUUAGAUAAUGAUAUGGCAAGGGUGGCGGUAACCAAAGUGAUAGAUUCCAAUGUUCAAGUCCCUAUGCCCACAGAUGAGGUGACAAAGGUUGGUGAGGCCCUCAACAAUUUCAUUCAAUGGCCGAAAAGACUAUUGCGUCUUAUUACUAAUAAGGAUGUUGAAGGCAAUAAAAUAGAUGCCUGCCCAUCUAAAAGGCUAGAACCUGAAAACACCGGCGCUGAAAAAUUGAUGUUAAAGAUAAUGUCGCGGAAAGAGGAUUUGAAGUUCAAGUUGGAAAGGGAUGAUUUUUUUUAUCUACCCAUCAAAGAUAUUAUGGAGUUGUGUAUGAAGACACAAGAUUUACGCAUCUCUAUUCUACGUAUAUGGGUAGUGUAUAUAAAACACCUUUGUACUCAGUUGGACAAGACUGACUUGUAUGGUUUCAUUGAUCCAAAUUUCAAUCAACCACAAAAUGACCGAGCUAGUUCUCAGUCUCACAUAACUGAAAAGCUGUUUGAGAAUGACAAAGAAUGUUUUUUUGUACCAUACCUCAACAAUCAUCAUUGGCAAUUACUCAUUAUUGAGCCAAAAAAACAAAAUGUAGUCUUCCUAUGUUCGAUGGGGUUGAAGCCAGAUAAAAACAUUGUUUUUAUUGUUGAUUCAGCCAUAGAUGGAUAUAAUAGGUUGAAAGGUUCGAGAAAACAGAGAAAGCCAACAUGGACCAUUAAUCUCAAAUGCCAAAGACAAUCUUUCCAUUAUGAGUGUGGCUAUUAUAUUAUGAUACAUAUGUUGAACAUUGUAUCAGCUGGAAUUGUUAAUACAUGGAAUCAGAUAUUUGGAGAUUCAACGCCAUUUCAUGAUGAUGACGUUACAAAUGUUCAAGAACGUUGUGCAAAUUUUAUUUUAGAAUUCAUUUGAAGUAACUUGGUCGGUGCUUUAUUUUUGUGCUUCUUUUGUAAGCAUCAUAGUUUGUUUAGCUUUGCUUAGACUAGCUAGUAUUUUGAUACUACUUUAGUUAGGUUUUGGCAAGAGUUAUUUUGUUCAAUGGUACUGAUUGUGACAUAGUUUCACGAAUAUUUUAAAAUUGAUGGAAUUUAUUUAAAAAUUUGUUCCAUGGUACAAUUUGUAUUA